CAUGAAAAAAUAUUUGGUGGCUUAUUUUGUGUGGAAAUGCCUCAUAUAAAAAAUAUCUCAACUAGUCAACACGUUACGAUCCCAAGUAUUUUGUUAGAACGAACUGGUGUUGUUUCGAAUCUAGUUAGCUUUGACAUACUCGGGGAUAUGAUUUCUACAAUUUAUGGCAGAUCGCAAUGUGAAGUGUUACAUAUGUUCUACGUCAUCCUGUUAUUUUAAUUUUUUUUUGGAAUUUCAUUGAUGGAAUCGUUUGAUCUAAUGCUUAAUUUGCAUAGAGAGGCUUUACAAAACGUUGCCAAAUGGUGUCCACCAUUUCGUGACUGCGAUGAAUUCAGUACCAAUUUACAUGUCAACGCGGGUAAUGUUUUUUCCGAUACUAGCAUUACUUCAAGUAGUAGUAUAACAUUAAACAGACAUAAUAUUUACACUAUUGAGGAGUUAACUGAGAAUUCGACAUUAUCGAUUAGAAAAUCUCAGCCGGAAACAUCGAGCAGUACAGAGUUAAAGCAGCGUUUGGAACAAAUAAAAAAAAUCUCAUCAUUAGCACGAAAUGCUAAACGUCCAGUUACUAGAAGGGGGACAGAAACAAGAUUAUCUCUCACUACAUUAUCCGUUCGAGGCAAUUACUUCGAUAAUAUUGUGGAGAGAUUUGAUUUGAUGGACCGAUUUUUGAAUGAUCAACAGGAGAUAAAGCAGGAUAGCAGUGAUGAAUCCACAAGACUCCAUUGCACACAGUCGAAGUCUGCAUCGAAUAAGAAUUGUCUUGUUCGUCGCUUUUGUUGCUAUUGUAUCUCUGAAUAGUAAAUAG